AUGGAGAAAUGUAAGGCAAAGGCGGGAUGUGCCGCAGUGGAGUUUCGCUUGAGCGAGGGCCGAUGCGAGAUGCGAGCCGGCGAAGUGGAUUAUGGGUUUGAUGAGGCGAAGAAGAGCACCGUCUCAGGACCUGCCGACUUUGAGUGUCUCGUGCACAGUCCUCCAUGCCAUCAGCUUGCAGAUCUCAAGGAGGCUCGGGCACACCUCAACAAGGGCAAGGUCAGCGCGGGCAUCUCCCUCCAGCAAGCCCUCAAGAAAACGCAGCAGACAUGCGCCCUCGCCGAGGAUGAGCAUGAGAUGCAACCAAAGCGAAUCACGAAGCUCUUUGAGACCAUUGGAAUCUCCAAAAUGGGUCCCCUGAGCCUUACAGGAUUGGCUGGCGCAGCAGUGCUGAUGCCUUUUGGGUGUCUGUCCAUUUACCGCCGAGCCAGCCGACCCAGGUCCUACGCACAGCUUCCGUGA